AUGUCUGCUAUUCGACCAGAACUAUUUCAAUCGGCUGUAAAAUUUCUUAAAGAUUCACAAGUUAAAAGUAAACCUCUUCAAAAACGAAUAGCAUUUUUAGAAUAUAAAGGUUUAACAUCAGAUGAGAUUGAAGAGGCACUAAGGGUAGCUAAUGAUGGAGAUAUUAGUGAAGAUUUUAGUGAAGAUUUUAGUGACGUACAAGGAAUGUUUCUGUCACAGCCUAAUGAAAUUUUCGUUUCUGAACAAAUGAAUUUUACUCAACCACCUCUAAUUCAACGAUUUGAUUGGAAAGAUUAUUUCAUUGCAGCUGUGUUAAUUAGUAGCAUUGGAUAUGCUAUAGCAGAUGUCGCAAAGGAGUAUUUUGUCUCUUUUCUGGAGAUAUUAACAACUGAUAGCCUUGAGCAAGAUAGACAGUCAUUUUCAGAUCAACUCACCACCACUACAGAAAUUCUAGAUGUCAUGAAGUUUGAUACUCAAAUUAUUAAGAAGAGCAUAAAAGAACAAUCAUUUGAAGUUACGAAUAUACUAGAAAUACUAGAUAACGUGUUAAAAGAUUUGAAAUGUUAUGAAGAAAAUAGGGAUAUAGAAUUAGGAACUUUGAAAGAAGAUAUGGAUUCAAUACGAGAUUUAAUUCCAAAACUACUUGAAGAAUCAAAGAAUUUUCAGGAACAAUCGUUUACCAAUCUGCAAAAAGAACUUAAAUCGUUAAAAUCACUUGCCAAUCGAAGGGGUUCACAAAUAAUUGAAGCUUUGGAUUCGUCAUUAUCCACAAUUACUAACAUGAUGCCCACAAAUUCCGAAUCAAGCUCUAAUCGUUCAUCGAUUCCGGAAUUAAAAUUAG